CAGCUACGACAUGUCUGGACGUGGAAAGGGAGCCGGUAAGACCAGAGCGAAGGCCAAGACCAGGUCCUCCAGGGCCGGCCUCCAGUUCCCCGUGGGCCGUGUCCACAGGCACUUGAGGAAGGGUAACUACGCCCGGCGUGUCGGCGCCGGAGCUCCGGUGUACCUGGCGGCGGUGCUGGAGUAUCUGACCGCUGAGAUCCUGGAGUUGGCCGGGAACGCGGCCCGCGACAACAAGAAGACCCGCAUCAUACCCCGUCACCUGCAGCUGGCCGUCCGCAACGACGAGGAGCUCAACAAGCUGCUGGGCGGAGUGACCAUCGCUCAGGGCGGCGUGCUGCCCAACAUCCAGGCGGUGCUGCUGCCCAAGAAGACCGAGAAGGCCGCUAAGAAGUAGACACAACAACACCACAACAACAACGGCUCUUUUAAGAGC